AUGAACGUCAACGAAACAAUAGACAGAAUUGCGUCUGGAGCCUUGUCGCUUAAACUUGUUGUCAGCCACAGUGUUAAUGGUUCCUUUCUCUCUCUUUCUCUCUGUGAAGCUGGUGUGUUCUGCGCCAUCGUGUCCCACCCUGCUGACUCCGUUGUGUCUGUGCUGAACAAGGAGAAGGGCAGCACCGCAGUCCAGGUCCUCAAGAAGCUCGGACCCAAAGGUGUGUGGAAGGGUCUGGUUGCCCGUAUCAUCAUGAUCGGUACGCUGACCGCCCUGCAGUGGUUCAUCUACGACUCUGUGAAGGUCUACUUCCGUCUGCCCCGCCCUCCUCCCCCCGAGAUGCCAGAGUCCCUGAAGAAGAAGCUGGGCCUCACAGAGUAACGUGACGGGUUCUGUCCUUCAUUCCUUCACUGAGCCUCAGCCCACAGUCGACUCCUCUGAACCUCACUACUCUGAUCCACAGCACUCACACACACACAGAGCAGUUUUCUACACUGUAUUUAUGUCGUCAGCUCAGAACACUGAGCGGCUGCAGCUCAUGUUUAUUUAAAAAAACAAAAAAAGAAUUAAAACAUCACAGGUGUGGUGAUGGGGCUGUGGCUCUAGGCUUUAACAAAAGAGUCCAACAUGGAUGUAUUCCUCUGUAGAAACCUCUGGUUUUAUCAGUUUGUCGUUAGGAAAUGUGGAAAUGUUCUAAUUAAAUAAAUACCCUCCAACAAC